CGUCGUCGUAUAAUCACAUGACCUUGCAUUGUAUAGCUCAGAGCCAAUUGCUUCAUCUCAUGAUUGAUUCUCGUCGAUUAAUUUGAGUCUGGGGCGCCAAGAACGGAGAAGUUAGGUAGGGUUUCUACGAUGAUAUACACGGCGAUAGACACGUUCUAUCUGACCGAUGAGCAGUUGCAGAACUCGCCGUCGAGAAAGGACGGCAUAGAUGAGGCCACGGAGACCACGCUCAGAAUCUAUGGCUGUGAUUUAAUCCAAGAAAGCGGAAUUUUGCUCAGAUUACCUCAAGCUGUUAUGGCCACUGGUCAGGUUCUGUUUCACCGAUUCUAUUGUAAGAAGUCCUUUGCACGCUUCAACGUCAAGAAAGUUGCUGCUAGCUGUUUGUGGCUUGCAUCAAAACUGGAGGAAUGCCCUAAAAAAGCCAGGCAGGUUAUCAUUGUUUUUCACAGGAUGGAAUGUAGGAGGGAGAACCUACCCAUUGAGCCGUUGGACCCAUAUUCAAAGAAAUAUUCGGACUUGAAGAUGGAGUUGAGUAAAGCAGAAAGACAUAUUUUAAAGGAGAUGGGUUUCAUUUGUCAUGUUGAGCAUCCUCAUAAGUUUAUAUCAAAUUAUCUUGCCACUCUGGAGACACCACCAGAAUUAACACAGGAAGCCUGGAAUCUAGCAAAUGACAGUUUGCGGACAACAUUGUGUGUGCGAUUCAAGAGUGAGGUUGUUGCUUGUGGUGUAGUUUAUGCUGCUGCUCGGAGGUUUCAAGUGCCCCUUCCUGAGAAUCCGCCAUGGUGGAAGGCAUUUGAUGCUGAGAAAUCAGGGAUUGAUGAAGUUUGUAGGGUGCUGGCUCAUCUGUACAGCCUUCCUAAAGCAAAGUACGUACCAGUCUGUAAGGAUGGAGAUUCUUUUACAUUUUCUAACAAGUCAUGGAAUUCACAGUCUCAGCCAAAUCCAAAGGAAGUUCCUACGAAGAGCCCAUCAGCUAUUGACAAUACCUCUAAUAUAAAGGCUGCAGCAGAAGUCAAUCCAGAAUCUGGUGGAUCAAAGGGUGUGUUGGCCAAGCUAGCCACUGACAAGCUGAAGGACUCUAAAGAGAGUGAUGAAAGUGUGCCUAUUGAGGGAGAGGCAAGAGAAGAUUUCAGUAUGAAAUCCAAGUCUGAACGCAGAACAGAAUCUAGUGGUGAUAAAAGCAAGGACAGGGAGAGGGACAGGGAGAGGGAGAGAGACAGAGACAGAGACAGGGACAGGGAUAGGGAUAGAAUGAAGGUCCGGGAUCGUGAUAGGGGCAGGGAUUCUGACCGUGAACGAGAUCGAGAGGAGUCUGAGAGGGACAGAACCAAGGACCGAGGUUAUCGUUCCAAGGAUAGAGCAAAAGAUUCAGGGGGGCAUUUGGAGAAAUCAAGACAUCACUCGUCACGAGAUCGUGACUAUCACAAUUCCGCCUAUUCUUCGCGGGACAAGGAUCGCCAUAGACAUCAUUCUUACGCUUGAACUGAUCAUCAAGUUCAAGACAUCUCUCUUUUUCUCCUAAACUUCAUCUGAACUGAAAAUACUUUGUGCUUUGUAUGUUGAGAGAAAACUGUAUGUUGACAGAAAAUGUAAAAGUGAGCAAUUGAGACUAUUUAUGGUUAUGGAUAUGCAUGAUUCUUCUAA